UUUUGAAAACUAAAGCUGCCAGUAGUUUUCUUGCUGGCCGGGAUCCUUUGCGGAUCUUCCUUCAACAGAGACAUGUUAGGCUGCCAACGCUUUAGGACUAGUGGCCUGUUGCCCAUAUGCCAUGGGCCACGUUUCAGACUCCAGAAUCAGCUCCAAUGCUUCAAUUUGCCCAAACUUUGAAGAAAAAUAAGCCAUUUUCCGACGAAAGCACCUCUUCAAGGCCAACUACUGCACUAACGGGUAGUGCAGCCUCGGGCCUAUGAAGUUGCCCACUAGCGUUUUCUCCCACGUACUCCUUACAACCAGCCACUCUAAUACCCCUCGAUGGUACAACUCGUACCCUGCCCCCUUCUUCCGAAGGACGAAUGUAAUUCAGGGGAUUUACCUAGAAACUUUGGUUAAAAUAAUUUGCCACUUGCACCACGACCAACUGAGGGCUGUUUUUCAUGUUUCUAAUAAAAGAAUUAGAAAAGCUGUUUUGUGUGCAAGGCGAACCCACUUUAAUUAUACAACUCCGCGUCGGCCCGAUCGUGUGAGCACGCCGCCGGCGGAGCACUUGUCUCUUCAGAGCAUGGGAGAUGGAACCCCACCAGCACCAAGGCGUCGCCGGCCACGUUCUCGUCUCAAUUUUUCUGAGGAUGAGUUAAGCCAGGCUGUUGCUCGGAUUGAACUCAAUUCGUAGAUGUAAUAUACAUCUCCUUCCUGUCCUCCCAUUCUCUAUUAUAUCACAAGUUUAAUGAUAACUUUUAAAAAUAUGACGAUGAAAAAAAGGACGAAAUGAAGAAAUGAAUCAUUUCUCUUUCUUUUUUCUGGUUUCUAAGUAUCGCGUGUAACGUGUUCGUUGAUGCCUCAGUGUAUAUUUCCUGUAUAUGUUUGAAAGAAUGGCUAAUUCUUUCUUCUUAGUC